CGACGGUCCCGUCCGCUCUCUUAUGAACUGACCGCAAGCGGGUAACCUCUUUGCCGAUAUAGGCUGAACUAAGCAGGAUAAAAACGAUGACGACAACACAGCCCGACAGCAUACCAAGGCCGCCGUUCGACGAGGAGGGAGCGAGCUUUAAUCUAUUGAACAUUAUGUCCAAGGAGUCGAUAAACAUGACAGAAAUGGUGGCAUUGCAACCGAGCGUAAAGUUCCGUACCCCUAUCAUAAUGUGCACUUUGGGGGUGACGGGGAAUUUAAUUGCAAUAUGUGUUUACUAUACUAGCCACAAAAUUUACAGGCGGUUCAUGUUUUAUAGACUAUUGCUCGGCAUGUUCUGGACAAACUUACUCGGAUAUAUAACUACGUAUCCAUUGAUGAUUAUGGCUUUUAAAGCGGGUUUGAAUUGGAGAGGAGACACUGCUACCUGUAAAUUUCAUGGUUUUUCUAUGUUAUCUUUUGGGUUAGCUUGUAGUUAUUUAACAGGAACAUUAGCAAUGGAGCGAUUUCUCUCGAUUUGUCGACCGAUUACUCACGCCUACAAAAUGGAACGACGCAAAGCCCCAUGGACGAUCGGUUUAUUGUGGAUAAUGUCUGCGUUUGGCGCAAUGUUGCCUAUUCUGGGUUUUGGAGGGGUGCAGUUAAUGUACCCGGAUACAUGGUGUUUUUUGAACUGGCGAAAUGAAGAGACGGUAGCAAAAUUGUACGCCUGUGUGGCUGCCUCCAUGAUAAUUGGUAUGGUGGGAGCUGUGUCUGGAUGCGCUGUUUUGUGCACCUUGGUUUUGAUCCAUUUUCGUCUCAAACCACCGAACCGCCGACCAUACCCAGUCGAUGAGAGGGACGUCACGGGAAAAGUGAGACUUAAAAUGCAAUUGGAAAGAAAAUAUGAAGUGUGGUUUCUCGCACAAUUUGAUAUGCUAGCUGGAAUAUUCGUGACGUGUUUUCUACCUAUGGGGUUGCGUAUCAUCUCUAAUACGACAGGCCAACCAGUGGAUAAUUCUAAGGAUUUGUACGCGUUGCACGUUGUGUUAUCAUUUCCAAUUGCCGUACCCUACAUGUAUAUAUUUUCUCAUCGACAAUUCCUGUCGUGUUUCUUUAGUCCGUGUAAUCGUGCUUGCUGUCCACAAAGACGUGAUUUGGAAACGACAGCUGAGAGAACAAUUUAUAGGCCCGGCAUGGAUUUUCCUAUGGAUUCGCUCGACCGCAGCCUGCAAAGUUGUGACAAACCGUUAGUAAAUAAUAACUCGGUUCGCCGGAACGGUCGUGUCAUGACAGGCGCAAAUAAUGAAAAGCCUCGAGAGUUUCUGCGUUACAAAACCGACCAUACGUGGGUCCCCGAGCCAGGUCUCUUGAACUCUCAUGACAAAGAUGGUGACAAUAUGGACAAAUUGUCCUCUAUAUCUGACGGUGAGAGAAUCGGAUCGUCAGAGGAUGAUUGCAUGUCUAUAAAGGAGAUUCGAAUAAGAAUGGAUGCGCCUGAAAGAAAUGUGCCUUUGCAAGUUAAUAGUCUCCGGUCUCCACUAAUCCAAAUGUCCAACGCCCCAUUUGUAGCUAGAGCGAUAGUUAAGACGUCAACGCCAAAAUCUGACCAUUCGGUGCCGCUUAUGGGGAAUAAUGAUCCAUGGAAACCGAAGAUGCCCCGUCCAGUAACAAGUUAUGAAAUGUACAAUCUAGGCCUAAUGCUACAAGAGGAGCAGAAUGCUGCGCAAGAACACAGAUACUCUGCGCCAAUGCUGUCGCAUCUUACAGAAAAUGACUGCAAAACAAACCGAGUAAUUCCAGACAAUCUCCAACAAGUCGAUAGUUUUGAUAGUAAUGAGAGUUUAUCGGACAGUGAAUUUUUAGAACCACUCUCUCCAAAAAAUAAACGACAAUCAAACAACAUCUGUGCUCGACAAGAAGUAAUAUGUAAAAUUGAAUCAGCACUUUGAAACUUCUUCCAGUACAGUCAGUGUCUAUAUCGAUGCAGAUAAGCGUUUAUGUGUUUGUGUAUAAUUUGCGAUAUUUUUUAAAAUUAUUAAAGUGGAUUGUUUGAAAAAAA